UACAUAAUAUAAAUAAUCUUUUUAAACAAUAGGAGAUUUAAAAUAAAAACAAAAUUAAUCAGGAGCAUAUGUGACAAAACAUGCCCAUAAGACCUGUAGCUGGGGGAUCAGGAGUUAAAGCUAUCACCACCUAUAUAGCAAGUGUGAGGCCAGUCUAUUUCCAAAAAGCACAGUUGCAGAGGUGCGUGAGAUAAUUCAGUUGAAUUACUAAGACUCACAUGGUAGAGGGGAUAACUAACUACUGCAAGUUGUCCUCUGAUCUCCACACGUAUGCAUGAUAUGGCAUGCUCUCCUCUCCCACAUAGCCUAUUAUGAAAAUUUUUAAACACUCAAAAAUUACAAAAAAAGAAUUGAAAAUUAAAUUGAGUGGGUUAACUAUGUAUUAGACACUGCUAAAAUAAAUAAUAUCCCAUGUCAAGGACUAGCUUCUAGUGUAUUGUGUUCCUGGAACCAAAUUCAUCUUGAAACCUUGGCUAAUUUUGACUAUAAGGAGUAGGGCUCAAUAUAAUACGAGUUCCUAUCUUGCUUUAAAAAGUAUAAGUAAGUUCAGUUGGAUCCUGGCAGCAGCUGCGGCGGCUCUGUUCUGUAGCUCUUUUCUGUCUCCCUUUCAUUUCCGGAAACAUGGCCUCUGGUGUGGCUGUCUCUGAUGGAGUCAUCAAGGUGUUCAAUGACAUGAAAGUUUGCAAGUCUUCAAUGCCAGAAGAAGUGAAGAAAUGCAAGAAGGCAGUGCUCUUUUGCCUGAGUGAGGACAAGAAGAACAUCAUCCUGGAGGAGGGCAAGGAGAUUGUGGUAGGAGAUGUGGGGCAGACUGUGGAAGACCCCUACACCACUUUUGUCAAGAUGCUGCCAGACAAGGAGUGCCGCUAUGAUCUCUAUGACGCAACCUAUGAGACCAAGGAGAGCAAGAAGGAGGACCUGGUAUUCAUCUUCUGGGCCCCCGAGAGUGCACCCCUUAAGAGCAAAAUGAUCUAUGCCAGCUCCAAGGAUGCCAUCAAGAAGAAACUGACAGGAAUCAAGCACAAAUUACAAGCUAACUGCUACGAGGUCAAGGACCGCUGCACCCUGGCAGAGAAACUAGGUGGCAGGGCUGUCAUUUCCCUGGAGGGCAAGCCUUUGUGAGCCACCUCCAGCCCCCUGCCUGGAGCAUCUAGCAGCCCCAGACCUACUCUUGGGUGUUGCAGGCUGCCCUUUUCCUGCCAGACCAGAGGGGCUGGGGGGAUUCCAGUAGGGGUAGGGUUAUCCCUUCUCCCCAGUUGCCAAACAUCCCUCCCACCCCCCUUUUCCCUCCAUCCCUGAUGGUUCUGGCCUUCCCAAACUGCUUUUGAUCUUCUGAUUCCUCUUGGGUUGAAGCAGACCAAGUCCCAUCCUAGGCACCCAAUUUGGGGGGAACCUGCAUUUUUUUUAACAACACCCCUACUCCUCAUCCGUCCCAUCCCAUGCUGCCAACUUCUAACCACAAUAGUGACUCUGUGCUUGUCUGUUUAAUUCUGUGUGUAAAUGAACUAUGGAAAUGACCCUCCCUGUACCAGCUGGUUGCCCUCCCCUUUCCCUUGAUCUUGGCCACUCAUGGAAGCAGGAUCAGUAAGGGACCUUCAAUUUAAAAAACAAAAAACAAACACAAUAAAAAGGCUAAUUAACAA